AUGGCUUCCGUGGAAGAGCGGAGCUCGAGAACUAUAACCACGGCGGCGUGCUUAAUCAUUGGCGAUGAGGUGCUAGGAGGAAAGACGAAAGAUACAAACUCGCGUUAUAUGGCUAGAUGGUGCUUCUCAUUAGGCAUGAGUUUAAAGAGAAUUGAAGUGAUUGAAGAUGACGAAGCCGAAAUCAUAGAAGCUGUGCGAAGAAUGAGUGAUCGCUAUGAUCUGGUUGUGACUAGCGGAGGCAUAGGUCCGACGCACGAUGACAUCACAUACCAAUCCGUCGCCAAAGCGUUCGGUUUAGAGCUCAUCCUACAUGAAGGGGCGUACAAACGCAUGAAGAAGCUCAGCAAACCCAAGCACUGGGAGCCGGAGUUUAACUGGGACGUCGACUCCCCGGCCAGAAACGCAAAGCUUAGGAUGGUUCAAUUGCCCAUCGACCCGUCGCGAAACCUGGCGAAGCAAGCCUUGUUCGUCAGCGAUACCCUCUGGGUUCCCAUUUCGGUAGUAAAUGGAAACGUUUACGUUCUGCCGGGACUACCAAAAUUAUUCGAACCAAUGUUAGGAGGUCUCAAGCAAUUCAUAAUCGACCGGCUGGUCGACCCGGAGGGGAAAGGGAUCAGCAGAAUCAUCAUCUCGACGCCGAUGCCCGAGAGCAGCGUGGCCGCGUACCUGACGGAGCUGGCGGCGCGGGUCGAGCCGAAGGGCGUCAAGGUCGGGAGCUACCCCCGCUGGGGGUCGAAGAAUAAUUCCGUAACCCUCGUCGGCAGGGACGCGGAGUACCUCGAGAGCCUCGUGCCCGAGGUCGUCGAGAACGUCCGGGGAAAGCGAGUUUCGGUGGAGGGAGAGGAUGACGAGCCUGAGACGGCUACCUAG